AUGUCUAUGAACGCAUUCCCUCGCGAUUCGUCGGAUGAAUCUUCGGGUGAUGAAAAUGAUUUUCUACAUCCAUCAACCGAUCCUCGAGAAGAAUUCGCAGAUUAUAAUCCGAGGAAACGAAGGCGCACGGGUAGGAAUGCGAAGGAAAGUGCGGCGUUGGAAGAAGAGUUUGAGGGGGAAGGGGAUGAGUUUUGUGGCGGGGGCGAGAGGGUUGGAGGGCAGGAGGAGGAUGAUGAGGAUGAUGAGGACGAUGAAGUCGAAACGGGAUCGAAUAAUGGGGGAAAAGAUGUAGAAAUGGGAGAUUACGAAGAAGAAGCGAAUGCGCCUCGAGGAUUGGGAUUUGGUGCUCCUGGGAAGGGAUUAGGAUUUCAAAGUCCAGCGCCGAGUAAUUUGAAGAAUACCGGAUUGGGUUCGAAUGCGAGUACGCCUCUGGGACGGGGCUUUGUGCCAUCUUCGGCGAAUAAUCCUAUACUAAUGAAUAAUGACGAUGAGCAAGAGACGCCGAGGAUUGCAAGGCCGAGCGCGUUUUCUACACCUUCGAGUGGACGAGGUGGUAAAAAAACGGGUGGUGGCGCAACGCCGGUUAAUGGGAUGUCGUUUGCGGCCAGGAUGAUGGCUAAGAUGGGUUAUAAAGAAGGACAAGGUCUGGGUAAAGAGGGGCAGGGUCGAAGUGGUGUUAUUGAGGUCACUUUGCGACCGCAAGGUGUAGGUUUGGGAUCGGUAGCUGAGAAAUCGAAACAAGAAAAAGAGGAGGAGAAACGGCAAGCGAAAUUGAGGGGGGAGAAAAUUGAAGAUUCUGAUGAGGAGAGGAGGAAACGUAAGAGGAAGCCAAAGACAAGUGGUACUGAUAGUGGUAUGAGUGGAGUGAGCACUCCUCGAAAAGCACCGAAGCCGAAAUAUCGAACCGUGGAGGAAGUACAAAGGGCUGCGCCUGGCUUGGAAAUUCCGGAAGCAUUUGCUCCAAUUCUGGAUAUGACUGGUCCUGGACAAAAAUUAUUGACUUCUACAUCUGGAAUUUUGACACCUACUGCUGGACUCCCAAAGACAGAGAGCGUGGAACAAAUUGAGAAUAGAAAACUAGCUCGAAGAGCCCAAAAUGAUCUAUCGGCCUUUGUUGAAGAAUGGAAGAAUCUUGAGGAGAGAAAAGCUUAUACAGAAAUGGAACUCAUUCAACAACAGCAAGAACUAGAUGAAGAACAGCAGCAAUAUGAGCAAAUGAAACUUUUUGCGGAGAGCAUCCAGGGGAUUGCCAAGGCUGUACAGGAUGGGCAGUGGGAUCCAGUAAUUGAAGCACUGAAAACCGUGGAUGGGCUUGACAUAUCUGGAGCUAAUGAAGAAUUGUCAAAUAUUGCUGUUGCGGCCGUUCAUCCUUUUCUUCGUCAAGCUACGGAAGGUUGGCAACCUCUUGAGGAUCCCAAAUUGAAUGGGAUGGUUCCGAAUCUUUACAAAAUUCGACAUAUUUUAGGGGCCGUGACGAACGAGAAGGCUAUUGUCGGUCAAGAUUCUUUCAUGAAUGCCUCGCAUAAGAAUAGGGUUAAAUCGACUACUCCUUAUGAAAGUAUGAUCUAUAAGAUCAUUUUCCCUAAAAUUGUAUCAUCUAUCAAUAAAAGUUGGGAUGUAUACAAUCCCGCCCCAGUACUGGGAUUUUUAGAUGCUUGGCAAGGAUUAUUACCAAAGUUUGUUGGAUCCCAGAUUUUAGAUCAGGCAAUAGUCGGAAGACUCAAUGAUGCAGUCUCAUCUUGGAAUCCCAAGAAGAGAAGAACUCACGAAUUACCUCAUCUUUGGUUAUUUCCCUGGCUACAACAUUUAUCCACCUAUCACGCCGAUCCGAAAAGUUCAACUGGUCUCGUCAGCGAUGUCAAGCGAAAAUUUAGACAUCUGAUUGAUUCUUGGGAUUUUCAUAGAGGUGUCAUACCAGGUCUUUCGCAAUGGCGCGAAGUACUGUGUCCUAGUCCUAAGAACGAUACGUGGACUCCAUUGAUUAUGAAUCAUGUUCUUCCUAGCAUGGCUAAGUUCCUGAAAAAUGAGAAGAACUUUAGAGUCGAUCCUAAUGAUCAGUCUCCAUAUAUGUCCAGUCUCCAAGGGGUACUGGCUUGGAAAGAUAUACUGAAACCGAGAGUUGUGGGGCAGGUGAUUGUGGAUACGGUGUUUCCGAUGUGGCAUCAUGUGUUGCAUCAAUGGCUUACGAUUGUUGGUCCAAAUGAAGAAAUUGGACAGUGGUAUGAGUGGUGGCGUGAUGGUGUUUUCCCCGCAGAAAUCAAAGAAUUGAAUGCGAUACAAGGAGAAUUUGAAAAGGGACAUGAGAUGAUCAAGAACGCGUUGCGACUUGGAGAGAAAGUGGGAAAUCUUCCCGCGCCGGAAAGUCCAUCUGUAUCUUCCCUCCCCCCCAAACCUGCAACUGUGCAACCACCAAAGAAAGUACAGGUUUCGGAAGAAGUAUCGUUCAGGGAGAAGGUGGAAGAUUGGUGUAUUGAGAAUGAUCUGCAGUUUGUUCCCGAGAAGAAGGUGUUGCAUAGUGCGGGACCUCUUUAUAGGGUUACGGCGCAGGGGAAUGGGAAGGGAGGUGUGUUGGUUUAUUUUAGGGGAGAGAGAUUGGUGGCGUUGCAGAGUCGUGGGGGGCGAAGGAGAAAAUCGAGGUGGGGAUUGAGUGGGAGGGGGAGGAGGGGAGAGAUGUGCUCUUGGGGAUGGCGUGGAGUGGGGUUAAAUAGGGGUGUAAGGAGGUGUUGUGUAUUGUGA